AUGACUCCCGUGUCGUCCCCUGCAGGUCAGUCCAGUAACCACGCCUACUGGGAGCAGCAGCACAAGCACCUGCUGCAGAGUCUGUCCCCGGCGCUGCUUGAGGACUACGGCGAGGACUACGUGAACGAGACCAGGGAGCUGUUCCAGAGCCACGCCAGCCAGGCCAACCCCGACCUUAGCCCCGUCAUCGACACCAUCGUCCAGGCGCUGCUGGCGCCGCGGCCGCUGGCGCGUUACUUCGCGGGGCCUGGCAUCGGCCUCAUGUACUUCCUGCACCAGUACUGCCCCUUCAGCGUCAGCAACCGCUUCCUCCAGAGACUCUUCCUGAAGAAGAAGCUGAUGCCGCGCGCCCUGAGGAAGCAGUCGGGCUUCGACCUGAACCUGAGCCUCCACAACAAUAACAACAACAACAACAACGAGGACAAAGUGUCUGUGAGACAGUGAGACAGCGAGACUGACGGGGACAUUAGAGGACCACUUCACUCAUAAAGCUCUGUAUUCUGUCCUUUUGUAUGUUUAAACUGUUGAAGGGAUCAUAGUGACGCACCAAAAAGCUUUCUGUUGUUUCUGUCCCUCCGCCCCCACGGCAGCGCCGUGUGGACGCACCUGUAGGUCAGGGGGCGGGGCCAGCUGGAGAAGCAGCCACAGGUUGAUCAGAGAACACUUUUGAGCAUGGUCAGCAAGAUCAGCUGAUCACACUCAUGGGCCUUCAUCAUCGCACGGAGAGAAGAGACGACUCGAUCAGCAGCCGGUCCAGACACGUGGCAGUCUGACGAUGUCACCACGACCUCACAUGAUGUCACAACGACCUCAUACCUCAGCAAUGUAACACUGUGACAACAAAGUGAGGUUUUUUUUAUAUAGCUGAAUUUUUACUGUAGUCUUUUAUUCUGACAGUCAGAACAUCCUGGAGGUCUCUGAAGGGGGCGGGACUGGAUCUGUGACCACAACAAAUGAGGAGCAGAAGAAGAAGAAACACGUGAUGUCAUCAUGAGAACAUGUAGCAUUAGCUGUUAGCAUCAAUCUGUAAACAACAACAUGAGGAUAAACAAUGUUUUUUUAAAGGCGACAAAAGUUCCAGAUCCAGACUAAGUUAAUCUUUAGUCUGAAUUAAAGCAGGACUAACUCUGGAUUGAGUCAAGAUAAAGUUGAGAUAAAGUUAGGAUUAAAUCAGGACUUAAUCAAGAUAAAGUCAAAAUUAAACCAGGAGUCAAAAUAAAGCCAGCAUUAAAUCAGGAUUUAUUCAGAAGAAAAUCAGGGUUAUGUCAGGAUAACAUUGUGUUUCAGUUAGGAUAAAAUCACAGUUAAGUCUGAAUUAAAUGAGGAUUUAUUCAGAAUAAAGUGAGGAUUAAAUCAGGACUUUAUCAGUAUAAAGUCAGGAUAAAAAUCAUGAGAGAAAGAUCAUGUCAGGAUUAAGUCAAGAUUUAAUCAGGAUAAAGUCGGGAUUUAAUCAGGACUCUAUCAGAAAAAAAAGUCAGGAUUAACUCAGAAUGAAGUUAGGAUUUUCUGUCUAAUUAGCGGUGUAAAGACUGAUCAAUCAGAAUCACUGACGGAUUAAUCGAUAAUUCCUCAUCACAUUGAUCUUUGUCGAGACUUUUGUCCGUCUUAAAAUGAGAACUAACUCCGCCCACAUGCUUCGUCCAUGAAAGCGAGCAUGCUCAGUGAAAUCACCUCCGUCCGUCACAUUCACACGUUCUGAAUUUACAGAUUAAAACUUUGAUAUUUGCAGAAAAUUUAACGUCUGAGUCAAAACAACAUCUGACCUUCACAAUAAAAGCACAAAGUGACAAACAGGAAGUAAAGGUGUGUGAAUGUCGCCUGGUGGUCACAUGACUGAAGCGUGAAUCAGCAGACGUGCGUGUGUGUGUGU